AUGCGAAUCCUGCCGCUCGCGGCCACUCUCGCCGUGGCCUGGCUCAGCACGCUCAUCGACGCCGUCGGACGAAACGCAGAGCUCCCGCUGUUUCGAGCGGCCGCGGUCUGCGCUGCUCCCGUCAACAGGAGUCACCCAUUCAGCGGCUCGUUCCACUGUGGCUCGCUCGAAGGCGUGGUGCGCUCCGGCCAGGCCGUGGAGGGCGACCUCACCACGGUGAGACUCCUCGCGCACGUCGUUGGCGGACCCGCGUUUGGCGUCCUCUCCGACCGGCGCGGCCGGCGGUGCGCAGUCGCCACCUCGCUCCUCCUCAAGGCGGUCGCCGCGUGCCUGCUCGCCGCGGCCGCCGCGCAUGCCUCCAGAGAGGCCAACGCGCCGCCACCGCCGCAGGGCGUGGCGCUCGCGCUCUGGCUGCCGGCCGUGUUUGUCUCCUCCUCUGUCGCUGGCGCCGCCUCGGCGCAGGUGCCUCUCAACGCGCUCUAUGCCGACCACGCCAUGAGCUGCUCGGCCGUCUCCGAGCGGCUCGGGCCCGCCCUCCUCCUGCUCGCCGCCGCCGCCGCGACCGCCGCCCUGAGCGGCACGGCGCUGUCCGCCGCGCUCCUGCGGAUGGAGAUGGGGCUGUCUGGCUACGCGCGGCUGCAGCUCGUGCUCGGCGUGGCCGCGCCCCUGCCGGCGCUCCUCCUCCUCCUCGCCCCGCCGCCGGCGAGCAGGACCUCCGCGGACGACGGCAGACGCCACCUCUGUGCUGGCGAAGCCGAGGCCGUUGCCGGAGCCAGUGGAGCAAGCGGAUCCGCCGCCGCUGCCUCCGCCGCCAGCGGCGGGGGCCUCCUCGAGCUGGCCGCCGGCUCGCGGCUGCUGCAGGGGCUCUGCUCCGUGCUCGGCUCGUUCAGCAUCGCCACCCUCGGCUGGCGGCAGGGCGAGCCGCGCGACUGUCCUCGCGUGGCGGAUGUCGGCGGCGCCUCUUCACAGCAGUCGGCCCGCGGCGAGCAGCCCCGGCGAGUCGGGCCACCGCUUCCGCUGCUUCAGCGCGGGCGUGUCACGCGUCCCGUUUUCCACCAGGCGCAAGCCCUCGUCGUCGCGUCCUGCACGGUCGCCCUCGCCGCCGCGGCGCCGUGCUUCUCGCGCUCGCUCUUCGACCCGAGCGCGUACGGCUCGCGCGCUGCGCUGCCCUUCGCAGUUGGCCUCGCCAGCGUGCUGCUCGCUUUGCUGCUGGCGUGGCGCACGUUGUGCGCCGGACUGCUGCUCGCGCCCGUGCGAAAUUUGCACCACGCCGCCGCCGGCGAGCGAGGGGGCGAGAUGGAGCCCUUGCACUUGUGA